CUCUCACACCUGUUGCUGACGACUGACUACGUCCUAACCUCUCAACCUUCAUUGUCACUAGAAAACAUCUGUACCUCUCGUCCCAAUUGUUCAUUCUUGCCUAAUUUUCUUCCGUUAUGGUCGUCUCAGCGGUCCAGCAGGCCUGGGAGGCCUGCGAUAAGACCGACACAGCCUUCAUCCUCGUCUGCAGUGUCUUCUGCUGGCCGAUCAUUCCUGCGGUCGGCCUCGCGUACUCUGGCUACUCGACGCGCAGAAGCGGGCUAGCAUCGUUCAUGCCAUCUUUGCUCGCGGUCGGGACGUGUUCCAUUCAGUGGUGGCUUAUCGGGUACUCACUGGCGUAUGGUGACGGCUCUGGGGUAAUUGGAGAUUUCAAAUACGCUUUCCAUCGUGGUGUCUUGUCUGAGCCUGUUGGGACGAUUCCCGCCAUACUGUUCUCCGAGUUUCAACUCAUUUUCUGUGCUACGGUCUGUGCAAUUGCGGUUGGUGGGAGCUGUGAGAGAGGAAGGCUUUUGCCAUUGAUACCGUUCAUCUUCCUCUGGGCAACCUUCAUAUACUGCCCCCUUGCCCACAUGGUCUGGUCCGACACCGGCUUCCUCGGCGCCAUGGGCGCCCUCGACUUCGCAGGCGGCACCCCUGUCCACAUCUGCAGCGGCGCCACCGCAACAGCCCUAAGCUUGUAUCUCUCCUACCCCCUCUUCCGCUCCAAGAAAUCGGAAAUCCGCACCCCGUCCCACCUAGCCCUGCACCGCCCCCACAACACCAUCUGCCAAGCUCUCGCCAUGAUCAUCAUCUGGGGCUCCUGGCUGGCCUUCGACGCCGGCACCACCCUCAGCCUCAACUUCAAGUCCGUGAUGGCGAUGUGCGUGACCAACCUCUGCGCAUCUGCGGGCGCGAUGACCUGGGCGUGUCUCACUUACUAUGAGACGGGGAAGUGGUCUCUGGAUUCGACUUUUAUGGGGGCUAUUUCAGGACUUGUGCUGAUCACGCCUUCUGCUGGCUUUAUCGAUCUUACGACGUCGUUUUUCUUUGGGGUCGGCGGUGCGCUCAUUUGUCGCCAGGCGCUCCGAUUCAAAUUCACUGAUUUUGCGCGACGGAUUAGGUGGGUCGACAAUGGGGAUACAUUUGCUACCCAUUGUGUUGGUGGGUUCGUGGGGACGAUUGCAACGGGCCUUUUUGCGCAGAAGGCAGUGGCGGCGUACGAUGGUGCAACGGAGAUUGAAGGGGGAGUGUUCUUCGAUGGGAAUGUCAAGCAGCUUGGGAUUCAGAUCUUGGAGGCGCUGAUCGGGUUCACCUGGUCGUUUGUUGGGUCGUAUAUCAUCAUUGCUCUGAUAGACUGCGUGCCAGGACUUGAGGUGUUGGCUCCAGACGAGGAUGUUGUUGCUGGCAUGGACGCUUCUCAGAUGGAUGAGAGUCUCUAUGAGGCUCAAUGGGCUGCGGACGUUGAUUACCAUCCCUUUGGCAAGGGGAACCUGCGUUUGGAUUAGCUAUAGGGGCUUUCCAUGGCUCCUUGUGUAGGAGUAGUUGUAGAUGGGGUACCCACUGGGUAAAAUCUCAUAGUCUUGGAAGAUAGAAAGCGACAGCUGCCCAACUAUAAUAUCUACGAUGACCU